AUGUCGAUCUCUCAAACUGAAGAUUCAUCUACUGCAACCGCUCCAGCAGACGUCGUCUCCGUUCAAGAUGUUCAAGAAGAUGUUGUAAUCCCUUCCUCUCUUAAGUUCCUCAUCUCCAAGAUCAAAGCCAUCAUUCCCAUACAACUUUCCAACAAAAACUACUCGACGUGGAGAUCUCAAAUUCUAAAGCUAUUUAGAGCGAACAACUAUAGUGGGUUCCUUGACAAGAACACCUCUAUACCAUCCCAUAUCACUACCGACUCCACGGUAACUUCAAGACCGAACAUGGCUUAUAGUUGUUGGAUUCUUGCAGACCAGAAUCUCACAGCUGCAAUUUGCUCGACCAUUUUUGCAUGUAUCCUACCUUAUGUUUUGCAUCUUGACAACUGUGCGCACAUUUGGAGUACUCUCGAAUGGAGAUUACAAGAGACGGACCGCUGGAGGGUCAUCCAGCUCAAGAAGGAGCUUCAUCACAUCGCCAUAGGUCAGCAAACCAUGCUUCAAUAUCUUACCAACAUCAAGACACUUGUAGAUAAUAUAGCCGCAGCAUGGUGUCCCAUAGACAACGAAGACAUCCUGCUCUACACUUUGAAUGGGCUGCCCCCUUAG